UUAUGCAAUUUUGGGCUAAAAAUUCCAGUUUCAUAGUUUUUGCGUCUCUGGGAGUUCUUCGAAUUCUCUCUUGAAACCAAAAUUCGAAGCUCCACUACAAUGGAGGCGGCGGCUACCGACAUACCCAGAAGCGGAAGUGGUCGGAUUUUCAAUCUCUUCGUCAGGCUGUUAGAUGGGAAAACCCUAGCUCUGAAAUUGACAUCCCCUUCUGUACACGGCCAUGCCAUCAAGCACCGUCUCUUUGAGACCACUGGAAUUCCCCCAAAUCACCAGCGUCUUGUCACUGGUGUCCGCCAGAUCGAGGACGAUUCGGUUGUUUCAUGCUUCGAUGAGUCUUCGGGUAAAUUUCUUACUGUUCAUCUUCUGCUUAGGCUGCUUGGAGGUAAGGGAGGGUUUGGAUCGUUGCUUCGUGGGGCGGCCACGAAAGCGGGGCAGAAGAAGACCAAUAAUUUCGAUGCUUGUAGGGAUAUGAGUGGGAGAAGGUUGAGGCAUGUGAAUGCUGAGAAGCGAUUGGAGGAGUGGAAGGCGGAGGAGGAGGAGAGGAGAUUGGAGAAGGUGGCUGAGGAGUUUCUGAAGAAGAAAUCCAAGGUUGGGAAGAGGGGAGUUGGGGAUUCUGCGACUCAGAAGUAUGUAGAGAGGUAUCGGGAGGAAUCUGCGCGUUGUGUGGCUGAGGUGGAGAAAUCCGUGAGAGAUGCGGUGAUGAAGGGUGGGAAGGGAAAAAGGAAGGGUCGUUCGAUGCCGAAUGGUGCAGAUGCUAAAAAGUUGAAGAUCUGGAUGGGCAAGAGGAAAAUGGGUGAAAGUGACAGCGACGAUUUGGAUUCAGAUGACUCUGAUAGUGAAGAGGAAAACGAGAAAUCAGUCAUCUUGAAUGAUGGUUGUCAAUCUGAUUUAAAUAAGGAUGCCGAAGGGAGUUCAGACUCUGUUAACUUUGGUAAACAUGGGUAUGGUUCUGGGGAAGCCUCCAGUGAAAGUGGUUCUGAGGAAGAAAAGAACUUGGCAGUGCAGGAGACCAUGGAAUUAGUCGGAAGCUCCAGUGAAAAAGCUCUUUGUUCUGAACAGUUUGAUGAGGUUGAGAUUAACGAUCAGACUACUCAGGGUGCAGUGGUACGUUGCUCAGAGGCUGUGGCUGUUGCUGUUUCUGCCGAUCAAGAAGAUGAGGUCGUAGAACAGGGUGUUCAUGGGGUUGACAUCACAAACAUAGAAGAUGUAGCUGCUAAUCCUCAAGAUAUGUCAGUUCUGAACAAUGGUGAAAUGGUUGAAGAUUUGUCGAGCCUUCCUGAACCAAAUGGCUCGCCAGUGUCUAAGUUGAGUGAUCAUGAGGAAACAAGUGCAAGUAAAAGCAAUUCAGAUGCACCACUGAAUUUUGAAGAUUUUAGUUCUGCUGCUGACAUGGAGGUUCUUGGAUUGGAAAGGCUGAAGUCGGAACUGCAAGCAAGAGGCUUGAAAUGUGGGGGUACUUUGCAAGAGAGGGCAGCCAGGCUUUUCCUGCUCAAGUCUACGCCUUUGGACAAGCUUCCAAAGAAGCUUCAUGCCAAAAAGUGACUGUAAAAUUUGACUUGAUUUCUCUCCAUACUUGUGUAAUGAUAUUAGGAUGAACUCAAUCAGUGGUCCAAGUAGAGUCAGUUUCUUUUAGUACGUACAACAAAUAUGAUAUUAUGAGGUAUAGGGAAGGUUUGAACUUCCGAGUACAAGUUGGUUGUGUUGCGUUGCAUUUGUACACUUCUGAAUGUUAUAAUAACUAAAACUAUGUUUUUGUUCUUUGACCAAA